CGACAAAUGAAAACACAAGGAGAGAGAGAGAGAGAUACUGGUGCGUACGAUACAGCAAGCUCGGCUCAUCAGGGCCAUCACGUCAACGGAGCCGAAUCUGCAACUCUGACAGGUUGGAUUCUUUCCGAUCCAUCACAACAUCAAAUUUAAAUASUUUUCAAUUAUAACUCUCAAAUCCGAGAUUCAACGGUUCACAUUGAAAAGGGUUUCACCUUCUAUGACUAAAAGUCUGGAUUCAAUCAGGMAMAGCAAUUGCAAUCCGAUUUUCAGAAUGAGCAGCUCCAUUAUGACAUCGUCAUCAUGCCAGAAUCCAUAUUCAACUUCYGCCUUUCGACAGAGGCGACGUACCAAUCACGAACGAAUGCCGCGAUACAACGACCGAUGCAGUACUARCAACAGGUCUUUUCUGAUCGGACUAUUGCCGGCGGUUGCCGCAAUAGUUUUUAUCGUUUCAUCCUUGUCCUCCACGGAUGCUUUCAUGUUUGCACAGCCCGCGACGUCUCGAGGAACGAUAACAACAACCACAGCACGAUCGACUGGAUCGGGGCUACCUAAUGGAAGCACCCAAUCAAGACGCGUUGGCAACACGCAAUUAGCAGUUGCAAAGUCGGGUGGCCAAAUGAUCGAAACCGAGAAACAAUUUGCAGAAACCGUCCUUUCCAAAGAUAUUUCCCGUCCCGUUCUCGUAUUCUACACCGCACCUUGGUAAGUAUUUUUCAACGGAAUGGUUUYCGCAAGCGCAGCAUCUCCACCGAAUCCGUUCCAUUACCUUUCURACUCCUUUUUUCUUGCGAAACACCGACACCAACAGGUGCGGUCCUUGUCGRUUGACGAUUCCGGUGGUUAAGGAGAUACUGAARCAAUAUUCGGGUGAACUGGAUGUUGUGGAAGUAUGCACGGACGAUCUGGCGGAAGUUGCGGAGGAUGCCGGAGUGUUGAGCAUUCCCACCAUUCAGUUUUAUUACGAUGGGGUUGCACUCGAAACUCAUUCCAUCGUGGGGUGUGUGGCGAAGAGCGUCCUGUCGAACGCCGUCGAAAAGGUGUUUGAAGACGUGGCACAAAUACGGCAGGCAAACAGCCGAUAGGAAGCACUGUGUGAUGUGGGUGGCAGGAAACGAACUCGCGGUUGCGAGAGGCACUACCGAAUGGAUCCCGGACGGGCGCAGUGUGGAAAAAAGUAAGAGUUGCURUCCGAUUUGCACGUCGUCCGUUUGCAYAUUACAAAAGAUGUCGACGAAGGUCUGAGGGAAGAUAACUAUGUUUUUACAUAUCACCUCUACUAACGAGAUUGGUUUUCCAAUCAUGUGAGAGUAUUUCUACAUGAGAUUUCUGACAGACCGGUCGAUCGACUUCUUGCCGCCUCCCAAACCGAAGGGGGGUUCCCUCUUUGAAUUGAUUCCAUGCUGACACCCUCCUUGUUUCCUUUUGUGACGCCCGUCGUCUAUAGACCGCAGGGGAGAACGGGAGUCUCUCGGGAAACCGCAGCCCUGUUGAUUGGCACUGCGCAUGACUGCAUGCUACACAAGGCCAYUUUUUGGAAGUGGAGAAGAAAUGUCCGGUCGGAUUCCGGYCCGUCUCUGCAACRGGUUGAAACACAAUGUAUGUGUCACUGAAUAUUUUUGCUGUGCGCUAGCAGAUCGAACUUCAUUUCCCGUAAUGCGAUCCUUAUGUAGAUAAUAGUUAGAUAACACUUAA